CUACAAUAUGACUUCAAACCUGUUUGGUAGGUAUAUGCCCUGUAAUUCUCUCUGCCGUCUUUCAUAAAGUACGAUGCUCGAUCUUAUUUCAUUUAUUUUUUUUAUUGCAUUUUCAAAUCGAGCUGUGUGACGGUUCACAAAUCAAUUCUGAGCAGUGACAGAGCGUUUCAUCUCGAGUGACUCAACCCUACAGCGACAUGAGGAUCCAUUUUUUCGUUUUUUCAUUGUUAUUGUUGCACAUACACGCUCGUCUGCCCGUUCCUGUCAUUAUCAGGGAUUGUUCUUCAUCAUCACAGCAGAAUUGUUUGUUGUUGUGUUCGGUGGUGAACGUGGUGAACGUGGGACACGUGACUCUCUCCUGGUACAAAGGAAACAGUUUAUUGUCCAGCAUCAGUGUGUCUGAUCUCAGCGUCAGUCUCUCUCUACCUCUGGAGGUGGAAUAUCAGGAUAAAAACACCUACAGCUGUGUGAUCAACAACCCCAUCAGAAACCAGACCACACAUCUGGACUUCAGCAGACUCUGUCACACGUGUGAAGCACCAGGUUUGUCAUCGUUUAAUAUCACGCUGGUCUGUGUUGGUGGUCUGGCUGUGAGUACCGUUUUGUGUGGCAUUUACUGUUACUGUCGGCUCAGGAUGCCUGGACAUACAGCUAAUCAGGGUCAACCAGAUGGAGAGGAACAUAUUAGACUGACGAAUGGUGUAGUCUCUGUUAAUACUGGGGAUGCUAAUCGGCCGAACAACGCACCUGAUCGUGAGAGACAUUCACAAAACAUUUUAGUUCCUGGGAAUGCUUGGGAUGUCAAUGAACCAAAUAAUGCAAGUGAAGAAACACUACAUCAGGAGAGACGUUUACAAAACAGUUUUUUGAAGUCGGUUUUCAUACAAGUGGGACGAUCUGUCAAACUAGAAAAUGAAAUCACUGGAACACGUGAAAAUGAGCAAAUAAAAACUUAAUCAAAUGAGAAACACACA